AUGAAAGACGAUAUAGAAGCUUCCAUCAUACAAACUGACGAGAAAGACCUGCAAGUCGGGAUCAUCACUGAUCUUGACGAGGGUGAGGUCUUUCUCCACCAACAUGGCUACACCAACGAAGCUAUCCAAGCACUUUUGGUCGAUAAAUCACGCAAUAAAGCUCUAGUCCGACGGGUGGAUCUUGUACUUCUACCUUUACUUGCGGGUACCUACACCCUACAAUACAUAGACAAGUCGGCACUAGGCUAUUCUGCCGUCUUCGAUCUACUGUCUUCGACCCACAUGACCAGCAACGAGUACAGCUGGUUAGCAAGUAUCUUCUACUUUGCCUAUCUCAUCGCUGAGUAUCCGUGGAACAUUCUCGCACAAACGACCAGACUAGGCAAAGUCGUCUCUGGAAAUGUCAUCGCAUGGGGUGCGAUGCUCAUGAUUACCGCUGCUUGCACUUCAUUCACCGGGAUGGGAAUUUGCCGAUUCCUUCUUGGCAUUUUCGAAGCACCUAUUACACCCUGCUUCAUGAUGAUUGUGAGUAUGUGGUAUACACGCUCUCAGCAACCGUUCCGCGCCGGUGUCUUCUACAGCUGCAAUGGUCUCGGUGCUGUGAUUGGUGGUGUCUUAACAUUUGGAAUCGGGCAAAUCAGGACCAUUGCAGUCUGGCGAGCUAUCUACCUCAUACUUGGUGGAAUCACUGUUUUAUGGGGAGUCUUGAUGUUUGUAUUCCUGCCAGACGACAUCAUCUCAUCGAAGCGCUUCAAGAUCGAAGAAAAAGCGCUAUUGAUCGCCCGCAGUCGACUUGGUCGGACUGGAGUCAUCAACCAUCGAAUCAAAUGGUCUCAAAUCAGAGAAGCAUUGGUCGAUCCACAAGUAUGGAUUCUGUUCCUCUUCACUCUACUCAAUGAGAUUAUCAAUGGUGGAAUAGCGAAUUUCAGCAAACUUAUCAUCAAGGGCUUGACAGAUGACGCUCUUACCACAGUUGCACUGGCAAUUCCAAUGGGCGGUUUUCAGAUGUUCUAUAUUCUCAGCGGAACUUUCCUUGCGUCACGCUUUCGUAACAGCCGCACAAUUGUCAUGUUCGCCUAUUUACUUCCGACGAUUGUUGGUACCUGUUUACUGUGGAAGAUGAACCACGCAACCCAUAAGGUGGGCGUGUUGUUUGGCUACUAUAUUUGUGGAGCAUACGUUUGCUCUUUGGUGCUGGCGCUGCAAAUGCCUGCCACUAACCUGGGAGGUUACACGAAACGCAGUACUGGUGUGGCCUUGGUAUUUCUCGCGUACUGUGCUGGAAAUAUCAUCGGUCCUCAUGCUUUCUUAGCAAAGGAGGCACCCGUUUAUCAGACUGGCUGCAAGGUGAUCAUCGCAUGUGCAGCGGCUCAGGCUGCUUUGGCUCUGUGUCUUCGCAUGCUUCUGAUUUAUCGAAAUAAGAAGCGAGAUGCGGCUGCUAGUAAUGAGAUCGUCGAGGGACUAUCGCAGGCCGAUGAACUGGCUGACUUGACUGAUUUCGAGAAUACAAAUUUCCGUUACGUGUUUUGA